AUGCUGCCACCUCUGGCUGCCCUGCGGCCGGCAGGCCUCACUGCCACCCUCGCAGCUUCGAUGCGCACCUACGCCGCUGCCGCGGCCACCGCUCGCACCGCUCCCUCCAAGAACCCUGUGCAGCCGCGUGUGGCCACCCCCGAAACGCAAUUCGAGCAGACCAAUGCUCCAAGACGGCAAAGCAACGUUAUCCAACUGAAGACCUAUAAGCCGAGAACACCAGGCUUGCGCCACUUGAGACGUCCCAUCAACGACCAUCUCUGGAAAGGACGGCCGGUUAAAACGCUCACGUUUGCGAAAACCGGCCAAGCGAAGGGGGGUAGGAAUGUCACUGGUAGGGUCACAGUAAGACACCGCGGAGGCGGUCACAAGCGGAGGGUACGCGUUGUCGACUUCAAGCGCAGUGAGCCCGGCAAACAGCGUGUGCUGCGUAUCGAAUACGAUCCCAACCGCAGCGCACACAUUGCACUGCUCAAGCACGAGGAGACCAAGAAUCUGAGCUACAUCAUCGCACCCGAGGGCAUGAGGGAAGGCGACGUGAUCGAGAGCUUCUUGUCUGGCAUUCCUCGCGCUCUGAUCCUGUCCAUGGGUGGCACUGUUGAUCCCGGUAUGCUUGCGGCCAAGACCGCUUUCCGCGGCAACUGUUUACCUCUUCACAUGGUGCCGCUCGGUACCCAGGUCUUCUGCGUGGGAUCGACGAAGAACAAGAGGGCAGUGUUCUGCCGCAGCGCCGGCACGUAUGCGACGGUGAUUUCUAAGGGCGAGGUGGGCAAGAAGAUCAAGGACGUUACAGUUCGUCUGCAGAGCGGCGAGCUGAGGAGAUGCGAUAAGGAUGCUUGCGCCACCAUUGGAGUGGCUAGUAACACCCAUCACCACUUCAGGCAGCUCGGAAAGGCCGGUAGAUCGCGGUGGUUGGGCAGAAGACCUUCGGUGAGAGGUUUGGCCAUGAACGCGGCUGAUCACCCCCACGGUGGUGGUAGAGGUAAAUCCAAGGGUAACGUUCACCCUGUCAGCCCUUGGGGUGUGCCAGCCAAAGGUGGAUACAAGACCCGCAAAGCCAGGAACCCGAACAAGUGGCUUGUGCAGGACCGCGUCAGGAACCAGGGCAAGAGGCGGUCGAAGAACAAAUAG